AAAAGAUGAUCAUUUCUGAGGAAGCAGUACAUGGUCAAUUUGAUGUGUGACAAAUCUCAAUAUGUGAUAAGGUGCGGUGCGGCAUCACUAGACGACUUGGAAUUGUAGUAGGUCGACGGGAUAAACGCUCUGAGAGAAAGGACGAGAGCGUCGGACAUCUGAUAUAGUUCGUUUCUGAGCAGCACCAGUUUUGGACCCCGUUGCCUAUAUUCACGAAGGCUUUUGUUGUCGUCGCGCUUUGGAACCAGCUAAGGAUCUUGGUCCGUCGUCUUCGUGCUUGCUUGAGUUGCACUCCUCUUGUGUUUGACGGGCUUGUUAAGUGUGUGAGCAGCCGCGUUGGUUCCCGCUACUCCACACCUUCGACAAUGCAGGCUGCCGCAUCUGCGAUCGGCAACGCGCCAAAAACAGAUGCGAGGUCAUCAAGUAGAACGUUGUCAUCGACGCAACGCAGCACUUCGGGAGCAAGGAUAGGUGAGCUUCCGGCGGAAGCAUGUCAGCCUGUGCGUUCAGAAUCAUCGUCGAGAACAUCCGCAGGAUCGGCAUUCUCCUGUGGUCUUUCAGAUGAGGCGGCAGCAAGCCUGAAACUAUUAGAUAUCUCGCACACCUCUUCAUCAUCAUCAACGAACAAACACCAGAAUAGAGGAUGGAAUUAUAAGUCGUUGAAAAGCAUGCUUGGAGCCGCUCUGCUGGGUGGCUGGAGUGCGCUUUUGCCUUUGGUUCACGCAGCAGUUGAUGAAUACGGCAAUGUCGUGGAUGGCGGUGAAAUGAAGAUCAUGAUGCCACCGACGCCAGAGGGUUUCAAUGCAUCCGAACCCGAUCCUGAACCGCCAAAUCAGGAACGCAUUCUCAAUUAUGAUCUUCACGAUAGCUUCUAACUGUAGAAGAAUCUUCAUCACAUCGUGUGUAUUCAGUCCUUUACUUUUAUCAUCAACACGCACUUCUUUGAUGUUCUAAGUUUCGCUGCUGAUGUACGAAUUGGGCCAGUACAACAGUUUCAAGAUUCCGAGGUUCGUGAACUUCUAUGAAUACGAGGACUUCAUGGACAAGGACUGCCCGCAAAAGCUCGUACAUAUGACGAAGGAGUUUCAAGAAAUGAGCGAAACUGUUACGCAGUGGCAUUACAAUUUUACAGGUACUUGAGGUUGGUUUUCUCAUACGUUGGUAAUUGGGCUCGUUCAUGGAAUACAUGAGAAUGUUGUAUCUGCGAGUGUACAUAAUUUUGAGGCAACAAGUUUCGUUUUUUGGUGGUUUGAUCUCUCCUCUCUAUUUACCGUCAUUCAGGAACGGCCGGUCUCUUUUACCUUGUGCAGGAUAAGAAUGCGCCUGGUAUCGAUAUCUCGUGGCUCUGGAUGGCCCAGCAUUUUCAACACAGAAUCUGGGCGCUCAUAAACCGCUUCAUCGCUUGGAUUCAGGUAACAAUUCUUAGUUUGCUUUGGUAGUUUUUGAGAUAUUACAUACUUCGUUGAUUUCAAAAGCAAAGAGCAGCGUCUUGUAAUCCAAAAAUCGAGCUGCAGGUAUUUUCCCUUUCGACGUCGUCGCACGAUCCUGGCUGUCUCUAUUUUGCGCCCGGCGUCCGCAAGAUCGUGGUGGAGCUACUCACGCACAUGAAAAGGCUGCAAACCGAUAAUUUGGCUCUGUUGUUAUGGUCCGUGAUAAUUGCUUCAUUCGUUCUCACAGAAAACAGUUUUUUAACGUCUCAGAUUCCUGGAGAAAACUAGGAGUGUGUGACUACACACACUUUGCUUUUUAGGAGAAUAAUAGCGAUUCUCCAGCAUAGGAGCUCCUCUAACCUUCUGGAAUGGAGCAGCCUUUGGCAUGCUAGGUGAUGUUACAAGGGACGACUUCGAAGAAUGGGAGCUCACCGAAGAGGAAAAGGUAGAGUUUGGUGUCGCAAACAAAACAAGGGAGCAAAUACUCGAGGACAGGAAAAAACCGAAAUCAAGGUAUAAUCAUCUUCUUGAUUCUGGUGCGACCAACUCGUUUUCCAGUAAUCGUUAUCUUUUUGUUUUUGAUUCUCCGAACGACUUGAUCGUCUUUAUCUUUCUGCCUCUCAGAACGCCUCUGCCUUUAGACACGGAGUCGGGCCUAGUCGUGUGGACGCAUCGGCAUUUUUAAUGUCGAUUCUUGUUACCUGAUUAUAUGCAAUAAGCAAUUACGCUCACCCCCGAACCUAGGUUUUCGCAGAAUCUCAUCUUUGCUAAUAUGUUCACGGGUGGAGUAAGCCAAUGGGCCAGUUUUUACGCAUACAAACUGACUGAGGAAGUCCAGAAAAUUUUGAUGAAAUGGGAUCUAGUGAAGGAGGAGAUUCAAAUCGAAGCUCAAGGUACUCUUUGUCUUUAUAAGGCCGCUUUGAGAACUACUUUUAUGAGGAUGUGAAUCUAUUCGGCAGUCUACCUAAGAUUGCCCUGACGACUUAGAGAACUAUUUUUAUAUCCGCUUGAUAAUUUUUGCUGGACAGGUCGCGUUGAUCCUUUUCUGAUGCGAAAUUCUCAAUUUUUAUCAUCUUCUAAGUACUAUCGUUGAAUAUUUUUUUAUCUUUUACUCGCUUUUGUCAGCUCACGAUAAAGUGAAGAGCCAUCACCAGAACGAGCACGGAAUGUUCCUUCCGUACGAAUUAUGGCGGAGGGAAGUUUUCAAACAGUGGGCCGUCGAUAAAGGUCUGCUGCGAGGCAUUCUCAAGCACGUAGUUGAUGAUUUGUAUGCCGGUCGAGCCAUUGCCGACUUCGGCGCUGGCGGCGGUCACUACGCACGCUGGAUCAAUGACACAGGACUCCUAACAGCAUAUGCAUACGAUGGGAUACAAGGUGCUUCUGCAAUGUGAUCAUCCCGAACUCAUUCUUGUGAUGUCUCGCUUCUCCUUUUAAGUAUCACCAAAUAUCACGAACGUCGUGAGUCAGCGUGUUGCAUUUACUCACAGAAAUGGAUCGAGUUCCCUCGUCUGUCAAUUCACUCACACAUUGUUCAUUGAUCAGUACUCCUUUGUACUAGUUUACAAGCUUCAAACACUGAUAUCCUGUUCCUCAUUUUUAGUCAGCUGUUCCUGAUUCAGGUGUCACCGACGUAACCAAGGGUGCCGUCCAGUACUGGAACUUAGUUGAGGAGCAGGACGGCCAUUGGCGCGAGUACGACUACGGAAUGUGCCUGGAAGUCCUUGAGCACAUCCCGAAGGAGUUCAGCGCUAGUGUGCUCACAACAAUCUCGAAAUACGUCAGUUAUGAAUCAUGGGAAAUUAUUAGAUGUUGCACAUUCAAAGUGACUGAGUCACAUAUUGUACAAAAGUGACUUUUGGAUGUUCUACAAUGGGGGAGUCUUGUAGAUCAUGUAUAAUGUGGAAGACUUUCAGAUGUUGCACAAGAAAGGUGACUAGCUGAGGAGUAUGUGAAGAUGUUGGAUGUCUUUGUUCUAUCCCCUCUCCAACAACAAGGAUGCUUACGUUCUCAUAACUUGAUGUGGAUAUUUAUAAUUGGCUGUAGUCGUCAUUGUCGAGACCAACUGAACUUCUCUUAGACUUCGUCCACUAGCACCUCCAUUGUUUCGCUAAUCUUGGAAUCGCCUGAUCAUGUCGUGGUCUUCGGACCGGGAAGGGAUCGGCCACGUCAACUGCAAGACUGAGGACCAGUGGAACCCGAUAGUGGAGACGUUUGGGUGGAAAGUGAACAAAGAAUUGACGCAAACACUACGCGAGAUGGCCUCUGUGGAAUACAUUUCACACUCUGUCACCGUCUUCGAUAAGGUAGUGGCGUAAGAAAAUACGAGGAAGAGAAGGAUGGGGAAAAAUGGAUGCAGCGCUUAUUUAAGGCGAGAUCAGAAUAGCAGUAUGAGAGUACCGAAGCUAGCGCAUCGUGGUUUAUUGGAGGAGUCAGGGAUGACUGUGCACAAUGAACAGGUGGGGAGGUGUCCUGACCGUCGAAUCUCCGGCACCUCGCCGCCAUGAUAUGACAGGGACAGGUGGCGACUCUAAUGCCUGAUACUUCUUACAACAUCUAAUGACUUGAAUCUUCGGGUAUUACAAUUUGUGUUGUUGAGGCGGAGCUUCACGUUAAUGCGAAGCAAUGACUUCGCCCUAUUAGUUUUAGAUCUCAUGUGAUUGUAGUUCUAGGUAUAUCUAUGUAAAUGCGUCAGAGAUGAACACCAGAUAUGAACAUAGAGGUAUAUCAUCAUCAGCAUAGAGGAAUAUUAGGCAUUGCCGGAUUCUAGCCUGCCUCAGCAGGACGGUGUAUAGUCCUAUCAAGCAUGAAAAGGAGGAGUUGUGUAAAAUAUUUGACACUUACUGUAGGAUGUAGCAUCAAAAUGACUACUGUUCUUGUGUUAUUUGGAAUGACGUCGCCAUCUUGGAUACUUAUGUUGUGUCAAAUAUGUGUCUUUUGAGAAUACAGCUGAUGAAUUCCAAAACUUCCGACAAGUCUAGAGGAGGCUCGCCAGUCA